AUGAAGAUCUUCAACAAGAAUGUGAUUAUUGCUUUUCAAUUUCUCUUUAGUCUUCCAUUCGCAAAUUCGCUCCAGCAGCAACCCCUCCUUCAAGAUGCCUCCACAACAGCAACAAGCAGCUCUUGGAAUCUCAAUUUCUCUUCUUCAGCACCGCACUACUUUGCAUCGGCCUAUGGGCUACUUCAGCAAUGGUCGAAUACAUUUUUUCCACACGGCCACAGCCUUGUGCCCUGCCAGAUUGCCCCUCUAACGAACCUGUACCACGGCCGAAUGGAUGCAGAUGUACCGCCAAGUCCAGAAUGGGUAGCAUUUGACAUGCAGCUUGGUAGAGGAAUGGCAUACGGGAUCAUGGGCGGGAGUCGGAACUCCCAUAUGCUCACAUAUCAAACUACACGGCCAGUCAAAUGCGUAUACUUCGAUGGCGAGUCAGCCACCCUGUUUGGCACGGGUCAGAUGGAUACACAGAUGCUGCACAUAUGGGGUAACUUGACCGGCCCACCGAGGCCAGAACAUGGAGGGUUCCAGUUUUUAUGGGAGGAAUACGCUCGUGCCAGUGGGAUUUGCGAUUGGUUUCGCAAAGAAGGUCUAGGUGGCCCUGGCUGGGGAUAUGAGGGGGUUGUGAGGAUGAACGCAGGAUUUGAGAUGAUUUGGUGUGACUUCACGAGUCCUUCGCUGCGUCUCAUCUCCCACCUGAAUGUCACAACUCCUCUUCUACCGCCAAAAGUCGACGAGGAGCAUGCUUUGCGCGGGCACUCUACUAUCAACUCGGAACCGACAUCCUACUUCCCUCUCCCACCAUCUCCUACUCGCACAGACAGCUCCCUAGACCCAUCGACUGCUCCAUUGCCUCCCCUUGAUGAUCAGUGGCAGCAAGAACCCUUUCUAUCCAGCAAGCUUUGGUUUUGGUUCGUGAGCGGCGUGGAUCAUUAUGGUUCUACGGGCGAUGGGCCGAGCACUGGCGAGGUGCGGGUCAAGCCUCUCAGUUGCGGGUUUUUGAGCUAUUACUCUCCAGAGUUUUUAAAUCAAGCUCUAUCGCGUGCCAAAGAGGAGCGAAAGGUGCUCAAUUUGACGACGGAUGGGUACUGGGCUGGUCCUGCCAAGAAUGAUUCAAGAUUCGAAGCGUUGAAAGCAUUGACUCGGAGACGCAGAUCGCAUGCACUUGAUGGUGUUACUGGCCCAGAAGCGGCUUUCAUGAGAAAUAACUCCGAAAGAGUACUGAGGGAUCUUCUCUCUCCAUCACCUGUCAACUGCAGUGGUAUCGAUUGGAAUGUCAUGACGAACGAAAUCGUUUCAGUCUACGCCGGCCGGCUAAACAUCCUCUUCAAAUCUUUACAUAAGCAUGAGCAAUUGCCGAAAAGCAAUCAAACAGCGUUGAUAGACUGGUUGGCUUCAAUUCGACAGCAAACACAUGAUUUUCUUCUCCCAUUCCUCGAGUAUCCAGAAGAAGACACAGACGAAGCUAUAUGGAUGAGAGAAUCGUAUAUUUUCAGGAAAACCUAUUCUCGCUGUCAAUUCCAAUACACGCGCCUACUUGACCCAGAAGAGGGAUUUGAUCUUGGUCCGGAAGAAUGGACAAUGAAAUGGGCUGUGGAAGAGACUCUUGGUGGGAUUUGUGAUAUUCUCGUCGAUGUCGGCUUGUCAGUAGAAGGGCUUUGGCAAACUAAGUUCAGCGCUCCAUCAACCAUCUCACCCCGAACGCCUAUUUCUGAAGGCCUAGAAGCUGAAUUCAUACGCUGGACACAAGGUGUAGAAGAGUUGAUGGCAUGGCUGGGUUGGGCUGGCGAAUGGACUCGCUGUGAAAAAAAGUGUGAUUUGGAUGAGAAAUGUUACAUUCCAAUGUGGCCAUUGGUCAACAUGGGUCGUUUUCCUGGUGGGAGAUAUCCUCCACCACACGGUCCUGGGUACGGCUACCCGUACCCGCCCCCAUAUCCUUACGGCAGGUUGCCAGACUUCCCACGGAAUCGGACGGAUGGAGGUCCAGGUCGGGGACGGGGAUGGGAGCAGGAUGAGACGACACUUUGGGAUCCUAUCUGUGUGAAAGCUGACUACAUUACACGGGGGUGA